UUGUACAGCAUGGGGAAAAGCAGUAAGACGACAGUUGACCACUUGGUAAAACUAUUGAUCACUUCACUUGUUGUGUUGAACGUUCAAGUUCACGGCGCUAACUUCGUUAAGCUCACUCAUGUAGACAGCGGUGUAGCAAAAGGAGCAGUUUGUUUAAAUGGCAGUCCUCCAGCUUUUGCCUUAGACCAGGGAUUUGGAUCUGGAGCUAAUAAUUGGGUGGUUUUCAUUGAGGGAGGUGCAUGGUGCAAUUCCACAUCUGAUUGCGUAGAAAGAAGUAGGACCAUAUUUGGAGACAGUUAUAACAGGAGUAGAAUCUACUUUGAGGGCAUACUUGAUUCAAAUCAAACAUUUAAUCCAGAUUUCUACAACUGGAAUAAAGUGUAUGUGGCAAACAACCUGACAUUUAGGGGAGGUAGGAUUUUCGAUGCGAUUAUGGAUGAACUGCUGGCAAGAGGAAUGAAGAAUGCAGACAAUGCUAUACUUAGCGGUGGCUCGGCUGGCGGAUUAGCAACCAUCUUACACUGCGACAAAUUUCGUGCACUUUUACCGAAUGCUACAAGAGUAAAAUGCAUCUCAGAUUCGGGUUUCUUCAUACACGGAAAAGAUCUCCCUGGAGCCGAGACGAUAAGAGUAAAACGCUUUGCAGAUGUGAUUCAAGUGCAUUGUCUAUUCCCAGAAAAUUUAAUUGAAGAUAUAAAGACGCCAAUCUUUAUACUUGAAUCGGCUUUUGAUUUAUUUCAGGGAGGUGGUUGGUGUAGCACAACGGGUGAUUGCCAGUUGAGAGUCCAAAAUUCGCCAGAUACUUCCUCAACUAAUAACAUCCAACCCGUCUAUUUUGAUGGGAUACUCAGCCCCGAUCAAACCACCAAUCCUGAUUUCUACAACUGGAAUAAAGUUUACCUACGAUACUGUGAUGGGUCAUCCUUUAUGGGAGAUGUUGAAGCUGUUGAUCCGGUAACAAACCUCCAUUAUAGAGGCUCAAGGAUCUUUAAAGCAAUCGUUGAAGAACUACUAACAAAAGGACUGCAAAAUGCCCAAAAUGUUAUCCUUGCUGGCAACUCGGCCGGAGGAUUAGCAACUAUUUUGAACUGUGACCGGUUUAGGGCAAUGGUGCCGAAAAAUGCCAGAUUAAAAUGCGUUUCAGAUUCGGGUUUCUUCCUCAGAGCGAAAGAUCUCCCAAAUGCAUAUCAAAGAGAAGUUUAUUAUUCCCAAGUGGUUCAACUUCAUGGAAUAGCAAACUUUCUGCCGAAAUCAUGCACGUCAAGAAUGGAUCCCGGUUUGUGUUUUUUCCCCGAAAAUUUGAUUGGAGAUAUUGAAACCCCACUCUUCCUGCUCAACUCUGCUUUUGAUCAAUAUCAGAUCACCGUAAAUUUGAAACCUAACCCCAACAACGAGCCUGGCUGGGGCAGUUGCAUUUGGAAUAUAUACACUUGCACACCUUCGCAAUUACAACUUAUAAAAGAUUUUAGGAAUACAUUCAUAGAGACAGUUAAUAAUAGUGGUGAUUGUUCAUCAAGAGGACUGUUUAUCAAUUCUUGCUACAUCCAUGAUUACCUUUGGAGCGCUCAAAGAUGGACUUCAGUGACAUUGAAAAAUAAGAGCAUUGCACAAGCUAUUGGGGAUUGGUACUUUGAUCGAGCUACUGUGAAGUUGAUCGACACUCACUCAGAUCAUCCAAUAAACUGUAAUUUAUAUUGAAGGGUGCAGUUACCGAAAUCUAUCAAUACAAGAAUCUCGUGCAAUACACGAGCAAGAGAUAUUUAUCAAUAUUUAUAAAAUAAAAAUACUUAUUAAAUAAUAUUUAUAAAUUAAAAAUAUGGAAUAAAUAUGUAAUACAAUUUAUCUAUAUUAAUUUAUUGAAAGUAUUGUAUGAAUUUAAAUUGCGCAAAAUUAUUCAAAACAUGUCUAUUUAGAAUUAAUUAGUACACAACUCGUUCGAUGGACUGAUAAUAACUUAUAUUAUAUAUAUUUCAAAAUAGUGUC